CUCUUCACACAGCGGCUGUAUAGCUGCUGCCACUCAACUGUGCAGGACUCCUAGCUCCCUGCUACAUAUACCGGCCGGUCGGACCCCCUCAUCUUGCCGGCCUCAUCAUCGUCACCGAUCGAUCCCGGCCAUUCCACGGUCGAUCGAUCGUCUCCGGCCGGCCGGUCGCCGGUGGGAAUUGAAGCAGCUAGCUGACAUACAUACAUGGCGGGCGUGUGGGUGUUCAAGGACGGCAUCGUGCGGCGCGUGGAGAACCCCGGCAGCGAGGAAUCGUCGUCGGCGGGGGACGGCGGCGGAGGCGGGCGGCGGAAGGUGCUGGUGCACGUGCCGAGCGGGGAGGUGGUGGCGUCAUACGAGGUGCUGGAGCGGCGGCUGCGGGAGCUCGGGUGGGAGAGGUACCUCACCGACCCGUGCCUCCUGCAGUUCCACCAGCGCUCCACCGUGCACCUCAUCUCUGUCCCCCGCGACUUCUCCAAGUUCAAGCUCGUCCACAUGUACGACAUCGUCGUCAAGACCCGCAACGUCUUCGAGGUCCGCGACGCCGCUGCCCCCGCCGUCUCACCGGCGACCUAGCUGCUGAUCCGAGAUCCAUCCAUCCAUCGAUCAGACGACAGCUUAUAGCUACAGCAGUCCACAUGAGCUUGCCUGCCUGCUAUUAUAAGAGUGUAAGUAUGUAUAUAUAUACUGGUAUGCGUGUGAUCGAUCAAGGAUCGAUGUACACACAAAUGAUCAGCAUGCACAGAUCACUAGAUCGAGAUCUAUAGCUCGAUCGAUUUGGGGUUUCUCCUGCCGGCGUUGCAGCUUUUGGAUUAGAUGUUGCGCCGGUGAGGACAUUGCUAUAGGUUAAUUGGCUUUUGGGUAUAUUUCUGCAUAAAUAAUGCAUCAAUAGAGAGCACAACAUGUGUAUGCAUACUUAUAUUUAUAUGUACACAUGCAUACAUAUAUAAGUACAUACAUAGGGGCCGGGGGCAACAUGCAGGUUGCAGAGAUUCUGCCAGAGAUCAAGCAGAAAGGGGAUCGCCGAUGCCCUACUCUCAACCGUACCUUUUUACUGUUUAAUUUGGAAUAAUUUGGAUUGUCUCAAUACAAAUUAUGUACCAGUUUUUUCACAUAUGAUUUGCACGACAUUUUAAAUAUUGUAAUCUGUACACAUAAUAUUGAUCGGUCUCUCUUUCCCUGUGGCCAAUAUUAUGUGCAGCUUAAUUAUACAAUUACAA